CCACCUCUCUCUUUCUCCGACAGCAUGGGGGCACCAGCGACAGCGUACGACGAGAAGAAGGAAACAUGCGGAACCGUCUGUCUGAAGUACCUCCUAUUCACAUUCAACUUCCUCUUCUGGCUGGCAGGGGGCGUGGUGAUGGCGGUGGGCAUCUGGACGCUGGUGGAGAAGAGCGACUACAUCAGCCUGCUGUCCUCCGCGACCUACGCCGCCUCCGCCUACAUCCUGAUCCUAGCCGGGGCCAUCGUCAUGGUGACGGGAGUGCUGGGCUGCUGCGCCACCUUCAAGGAGCAGAGGAGGCUGCUGAGAGUGUACUUUGUCCUGCUGCUGUGUGUCUUCCUGCUGGAGAUCCUCGCCGGUGUCCUGGCCUACAUCUAUUACCAGCAGCUCAAUGAGGAGCUGAAACAGAACCUGCGGGAGACCAUGGUGCAGAAGUACAGGCAGCCAGAGCAGGAGCACAUCACCAAAGCAGUGGACAAGCUGCAGCAGGAAUUUAAGUGCUGUGGCAGCAACAGCUCGUCGGACUGGGGCGAGAGCGUGUGGAUCCGCACCAAUGAGGCGGAUGGCAGGUUGGUGCCGGACAGCUGCUGUAAGACCCAGACGCUGGGCUGCGGCCACAGGGACCACCCAUCAAACAUCUACAAGGUGGAGGGGGGUUGUAUCACUAAACUGGAAAACUUCAUUUUGGACCACCUGAAGAUCAUUGGAGCGGUGGGCGUGGGCAUCGCCUGUGUACAGAUUGUGGGGAUGGUGUUUACUUGCUGUCUAUAUCGGAGUUUGAAGGCAGAGCCCUACUGAGAGUAGAACACGAAGAGAAGGAAAAGAGAGGGAGGGGUCUAGUCUCUGCCACCCAGUGUCAUCAUAUUCCAGCAACCCGUUUAGUCAUGGGAUCUACCACUGCCAUGCAAACAGAAGAUGACGAUAUGUGUAAUGGUCUAGGAUGCACUUAUGAUAGUGUCUCUCAAUCCAUUCCUUGGGGGGACCAUUUUGGUUCUAGCCUAGCACUAACUCCCCUGAUUCAACAAAUCAAGGGCUUGAUUUGUUGAAUCAGUUGUAUUGAGCUAGAAUUCCUAAGGGGGUCCCCACUUGAAAUGGAGAAUCAGAUUUAGGCAAGCCGUUACAUGCUAUCGGAUCUACAAAGCUCUAUAUUUUGGUAGUGUGCAGCAACAGAGCAGUUGGUGUAACCUAGUGUGAUGUAAAAGAUCAGUGGACCAAAAUGGCCCGUGCAUGAAAACAGCUUGCCUUAACAUUGCAAUAUUCAUGACUGUGGCUUAAUGAGCGAGAACUGACCUCUGGGGCCGAUUACCAUAGCAACACAUGUUCUUUAUACAGCAAGUAGCUAUUUAUACAUCUACACACGCCUUUUACACUGUUUCUCUCAACUUUUUAAUUAU